UGCGCGUGCGCAAUGCAAAGAGUCCUUGGAUGAUACGCCUGCUGUAGGUUACGCAGCUUGUAAAGGGACACAGACAAAAUGCAGAGUUGGAAUCAGUUAUAUCGCACUUUGGCAACGCGAGGCCAGCACCUUCCCUGCAAACUGCAUGGAGCGUCGGUCCUCUCCGUCAGAACAUACGCUGACAAAGCACAAAUUGAUGCUGAUGUCACAGUGGUGGGUUCUGGUCCUGGUGGAUAUGUAGCUGCUAUUAAAUCAGCCCAGCUCGGCUUUAAGACAGUCUGCGUGGAGAAGAAUGCCACUCUUGGUGGCACCUGCUUAAAUGUCGGCUGUAUCCCGUCAAAGGCUCUUCUGAACAACUCCUACCUGUACCACCAGGCCAUUGGGAAAGACUUUGAAAAUCGGGGCAUUGAAAUCACAGGGAUCACGUUAAACCUGGAGAAGAUGAUGUCACAGAAGAGUGGGGCUGUCAAAGCACUGACGGGAGGCAUUGCACAUUUAUUCAAACAGAAUAAGGUGACUCACGUUAACGGCUUUGGCAAGAUCACGGGCAAGAACCAGGUGACCGCCACGGCGGCCGACGGCAGUGAGCAGAUUAUCAACACCAAGAACAUUCUCAUCGCCACAGGCUCUGAGGUCACACCUUUCCCUGGCAUCGAGAUCGACGAGGAGACCGUGGUGUCUUCUACUGGAGCGCUGUCUCUGAAAAAGGUUCCUGAAAAUCUCAUUGUCAUUGGAGCUGGAGUCAUUGGCGUGGAGCUGGGGUCAGUGUGGCAGCGCCUGGGCUCCCAUGUGACGGCGGUGGAGUUCCUGGGCCACGUAGGUGGCAUGGGCAUCGACAUGGAGAUCUCUAAGAACUUCCAGCGCAUCCUGCAGAAGCAGGGUGUGAAGUUCAAGCUCAGUACCAAGGUGAUGGGGGCCACCAGGAGGCCUGACGGCAAGAUCGAUGUGGCGGUGGAGGCGGCGGCCGGCGGGAAGAACGAGACUCUGACGUGUGACGUGCUGCUGGUGUGCGUGGGCAGACGGCCCUUCACGCAGAACCUGGGCCUGGAGAGCGUGGGCCUCGAGCUGGACAACAGAGGUCGCAUCCCCAUCAACAACCGCUUCCAGACCAAAGUACCCAGCAUCUACGCCAUCGGUGACGUGGUGGCCGGGCCCAUGCUGGCCCACAAGGCCGAGGACGAGGGCAUCAUCUGCGUGGAGGGCAUGGCCGGGGGCGCCGUGCACAUCGACUACAACUGCGUCCCCUCCGUCAUCUACACACACCCUGAGGUGGCCUGGGUGGGCAAGACAGAGGAGCAGCUCAAAGAAGAGGGAAUCCCAUACAAGGUGGGCAAGUUCCCCUUCGCUGCCAACAGCAGAGCGAAGACCAACGCCGACACGGACGGCCUGGUGAAGAUCCUGGGACACAAGGAGACGGACAGAAUGCUGGGAGCUCACAUCGUCGGCACCGGGGCGGGAGAGAUCAUCAACGAGGCUGCGCUGGCCAUGGAGUACGGAGCGUCCUGCGAGGAUAUCGCCAGAGUGUGUCACGCCCAUCCCACUGUGUCGGAGGCCUUCAGAGAAGCCAACCUUGCCGCCUCCUUCGGCAAAGCCAUCAACUUUUAACGCUCGUGACUCACGCAUCCUGUGUACAUAACCGUUUUGUCCACGACCCGGAACCUUCUGUCUGUCUGUCCGCACAUUCUAUGGAGCUGGGUGUAAAUGUCAAGGGUUACGCCUGGCCCCUUUAGCUCCUAUGGGGGCUUCUCUGUAUACAUACAACCAAGUAUGCGAAAACCUUGUACCACAUUUAGUAUGUUAUUUAAAUGGUCUGAAUUAAUAAAAGGGGGUUGGGCGGUAGAAUAAACUGACUGGAGAUCAGUAUUUUACUUCAUUCAUGGAAAUAAAUGCAUUUACUAUU